AUGACAAAAUCAGAAUGGUUUAACGUCCCGGAGAAAACACGGGCAGCGCCCGUGUUUCAGAAGCCUCCCGAAGGGCAUGGAGACGUGCUACGCUGGAGAGAUUUCUAUGUGGCAACUCUUGAGAAGACUCAGCUCAUUGCAAAGGAUUUUUCUGAGCUGCGCAUCCACUUCUGGCCCGACACUCUCUACUCUUGUAAGCUUGACCCCGGUAGCUGA